AUGGAACCCGCAAAAAAAUACGAUAUAAUCAUUGUCGGAGCCGGCGUGGCCGGUGUCAAUGCGGCUUAUCGCAUCCAGACCAUGUUACCAAGCUACUCAUAUGCCAUUCUUGAAGUUCGAGACGUUCCGGGUGGUACAUGGGACCUUUUUCGGUACCCUGGAGUUCGACUAGACACUGGCAUCCAUACAUUUGGAUUUCCGUGGCAACCAUACCACCAUAGCAAGACUAUGCUCGAUGGGAGUUCUAUUUUUGAAUAUAUCAACCGAACUGCGAAGGAAUAUAAGAUUUACGAUCGCAUUUUGUUCAAUCAUCGGCUCAAAAAGCUGAGUUGGGCUUCGCAAGAAAGUCAAUGGAGCUUGACUGCGGCGUGUCAAGGUCAAGAGCGCCGUUUUAUUGCAAACUUCGUGAUAUUUGCCACAGGAUACUAUGAUCAUGAGCGGCCGCUCUCAGCAGAAGUACCGGGCUUGAGCGGCUAUAAAGGAAUGGUCGUGCAUCCCCAAUUCUGGCCAGAAAAGCUCGAUUAUACUGGAAAAAAGAUCGCCGUCAUUGGCAGCGGUUCUACCGCAAUAUCACUUAUUCCCAAGCUCGCAGAGACAGCGUCUACUGUAACGAUGAUCCAGAGAAGCCCAAGCUAUAUUGUGUCUGUUCCCUCUGAUAUAGGAGAUACAUGGAUGGAUCUGCUACUGCCUGUUAUAGUAACACACAAACUGAGGCGCUAUGGAUGGAUGGCAGUCAUGCUAGGGAGCUAUUAUUUCUGUCGAAGCUUUCCCCGACUUGCAAGAAGUAUUUUGCUAGGGCUGACAGCGAAACAACUUCCUGAAGAUAUUCCCCUGUCGCCUCAUUUUGAACCCAACUACGACGUAUGGGAUCAGCGACUGUUAGCAUGCCCGGAUGGGGAUUUCUUCCGAAGUUUGCACACCAGCAAAGUCAACGUUGAGACAGCAAACAUCGAGACAGUUACUGCGAGCACAGUUGUUCUCGACAGCGGCAGGGCCGUCGAUGCGGAUAUUAUUGUAACUGCUACAGGUCUUAGGUUGCAAACUGGGGGUGGAGCACAAUUUGAAUUGGACAAAGUCCCGUGUGAUAUUGCUGAUAAAGUCAUGUGGAAAGGCAUGAUGCUGCAAGAUAUUCCGAACUGUUUCUUUGUUUUGGGGCAUCUGACAGAUGCCUCGUGGACUCUUGGAGCGGACGCAACCGCUCUACUCAUCUGUCGGCUGAUAAAACAUAUGGAGAAGGAGAAUAUUCGGGGAGCUACUCCUCGCAUGUAUGGUUCGGCAGGUCAACCUUGUCAGCUCUGGAACUUGAGUUCUAAUUAUAUGCUGAGGGAAGAGGGCAAUGUACCCAUGGCGGGAGAAACACCACCAUGGCAGCCCCGAUCAAACUACAUACGGGACUCUUUGGAUGCUCGGUAUGGAUCCUUUGACACAUGCAUGGAAUUUUCAGGAAGUUAUCGAGAUGAUGUGGCUGAAGUGACUGAACUGGAGAAAUAG